GCAGCGGUUCAUUCAUCUUCUUCUUCCUCACUCAGAGAGGUGAGUUAACAGUCGACAGCUCAGUUUUACACCAGGACAAAAGUGUUUGGGACUCAAAGGUUACGCGGAGAGCAGGGGAACACACUUGUGUCACACUUACGAGGAGCAUAUUCAUUUCCCCCGAACAGCAGAGAGACGAGGCAUCAUGGGGAAACAUAACAGCAAGCUGGCCCCGGAGGUCCUGGACGACCUGACCAAGAACACGGAAUUCAACGAGGCCGAGCUCAAACAGUGGUACAAAGGCUUCCUCAAGGACUGUCCCUCCGGCAUCCUCAACUUGGAGGAGUUUCAGCAGCUCUACGUCAAGUUUUUUCCAUACGGCGACGCCUCCAAGUUUGCCCAGCACGCUUUCCGGACAUUCGACAAGAAUGGCGACGGGACCAUCGACUUCAGGGAGUUCAUCUGCGCGCUGUCCAUCACAUCCAGGGGCAGCUUUGAGCAGAAGCUCAACUGGGCCUUCAACAUGUACGACCUGGACGGCGAUGGCAAGAUCACCCGCGUGGAGAUGCUGGAGAUCAUCGAGGCCAUUUACAAGAUGGUAGGCACAGUGAUCAUGAUGCGCAUGAACGAGGACGGCCUGACCCCGCAGCAACGCGUCGACAAGAUCUUCUCCAAGAUGGACAAAGACCACAACGACGAGAUCUCCCUGGAGGAGUUCAAGGAGGCCGCCAAGUCGGACCCCUCCAUCGUUUUACUGUUGCAGUGCGACAUGCAGAAGUAGACGAUGUUUGUGUGGCGGAGUCAGGGUAAAGAGAGGAAAGUGGAGGAGAUGGAGUGGGGCAAUCUAAGAUUGAGAGGGGGAGGAAGAGAAGAUUUUUUUUUUUCCCUCAGUGUUUGGAGGAAUCGCAUUGGUCGUGUUAGUUUUCAUCACUGCGAAUCAUGGAAUAUUUCGAAAACAAUCAAAAAGGAUGUAUUAGUAUAUAUACGUUUAGAGAUUCUAAUUUGGAAAUAUUACACUGAUAGAGGAUUUAAAAUUUGACAGUGCAACAACACGUGUAUGUGUGUGUCCAUUUAAUGUGUCACUGGUGUGUCUGGGUGUAAUCCUGUAAAUCCCCUCCCACUUGGAAGUGCAUUUUUAAUUGGAUUACAGUACAAGAUGACAUCUGGUCUUACUUCAUUAAAAGUUCAUUACAAUGACGAUAUGAUUACAAACAGCAGCAAGUAUGAUUGCAAUCGCUGGUUGUUCUAAAGCGUCCCUAAAUCUGAAGAGGAACGCGAUCCCCAAUCAAGAAAAGGUCGAAGCGCAUUUUCACUCAAAGAGGCAGCACUUCAUCACCUUGCCACCGAGUCAGUCAUUUAGUGUAGUCCAUCCGUGCAUGCGGCACAUGCAGUGGAUACAGCCACACUGUGUAUGACAGUGUUUCUGUUUUGUGUGUAAGAGGUAAUCCUGAGCUAUGGCUCGGGUACCUGAGACCCAACCUUUUGGAAACAAGUGAUUGCAAAGUCAAAUGUGAAUUUCUUACCACGUUACCAUAACAAUCAUAAGUUAUGGACUGAAGUUUGCGAUUGGAGCUUCACAUGAAGUGACAAAAAUUGCAUGGCAGUGACUGAUUAUUACCUGUAAAGGCCAAACGCUUCUCUGCGGUUUAAUGCGUCGGGCUCACCUCUCUUCCCGCCGCCAUCCUGCCCCUGCUCGUUUUGUUUCCGUCUUUUCCCCCCGAAAUGUCACAGAGGAAGCGCUUUGAUUCGAGGCGCACGGAUAGGAACUUUGUUGAACUCUGCUCUGAUCUAGAAAGAAAGAAAGAAAAAAAGAGAAAUCAAUGUGGGAAAAAUAGCAAAAGGUUGAAAAGGGAACCCUGUGACGAGGGUGCACCUGUUAGCCAAUGUGAAAGCGUAGACUGGAACUGGCAUGGAGAAUGCUACAUAUACAGACCAUUUAAAAUCUAAACCCAGCACAAAGACUAAUUUGGUGUAAACAAGAUAUAUCAGCUUUGCUAUGUUAAUGAAAAGAGAAAUGCAGUCUGGAGUUUAUUUAUUUAUUUUUAUCUGUGCUAAGAUGCUAAGGUAACAGAUGCUACAUAAACACGUUGAAAUGACUGUGUAGCUUAGCACGAAGACUCAUUUUGUGUAAACAAGAUGUAUCAUGCGGCACGGUGGGCGACUGGUUAGAGCGUCAGCCUCACAGUUCUGAGGACCCGGGUUCAAUCCCUGGCCCCGCCUGUGUGGAGUUUGCAUGUUCUCCCCGUGCUUGCGUGGGUUUUCUCCGGGCACUCCGGUUUCCUCCCACAUCCCAAAAACAUGCAUUAAUUGGGGACUCUAAAUUGCCCGUAGGCAUGACUGUGAGUGCGAAUGGUUGUUUGUUUCUAUGUGCCCUGCGAUUGGCUGGCAACCAGUUCAGGGUGUACCCCGCCUCCUGCCCGAUGACAGCUGGGAUAGGCUCCAGCACGCCCACGACCCAAGUGAGAAGAAGUGGCUCAGAAAAUGGAUGGAUGGAUGGAAGAUGUAUCAUUUUGACUAUGCUGAUGAGUUAUACAAGUACACGUUGGUGUUUUUGUGCUACAAUGCUAAGCUAAUUUUGAAACAAUAGGAUGAAAUUGCUGUUAUCUUGAAUUAGCUUAGCGGAGCUCAAAGAUGCAUUUUGCAUUUAAAAAAAUAAAUAAUAUGUAUCAGCUCUAUUAUGUUGAUGAUGGAGUUUGAUUUGGGAUUUGGUCUUUCUUUGCUAAGAUGCCAAGCUGACUGAUGUUAGCACUUUAUUGGCUUUGUUAGCCAAUUACUGUAAUAAUAGUUGUAUCCAGCUAAUAGGUAUUGACUGGGAGACAACUCUUAAGCAACUUUUUAGCAAUGGGGGGGGGGGGGGGGG